AUGGCGGCAAAGAAAGAAGUCGAUGUCGACGUCCUCGUUGUAGGCGGAGGCUUCGGCGGCGUGUACGCAGUUUGGAGGUUACGAGCUGAGAGAUUCAAGGUUCACCUUUUCGAAGGAACAGAGCGACUAGGAGGCGUUUGGAGUAACAAUACGUACCCUGGAGCUCGAGUCGAUUCUGAGGUUCCCUUCUAUCAACUGUCAAUCCCGGAAGUGUACAAAACGUGGACCUGGACACAACGAUUCCCCGGAUGGCGGGAGCUGCAGGCAUACUUCGAUCAUAUUGACAAAGUCCUAGAUAUUAGCAAGGACGCCACGUACAAUGCGUUAGUGAACAAAGCCACUUUCAAGAUGGAGACAGGCCGCUGGACAAUACGAACCGAGCAGGGUCAUGUGGCUACGUGCAAACAUCUUUUGCUUUGCACUGGUUCGACUUACAAGCAGCACGUGCCGACAUGGGAGGGUCUCGACCGGUACAGUAAAACGCUAUUACACUCCAGCAAGUGGCCAAAAGGCGGCGUGGAUGCACACGGGAAACGGGUGGCAGUCAUCGGCAGCGGUUCGACAGCUCUGCAGAUCGUGCAAGACAUGUCCAAAGACGCGAAGGAGCUCGUCACGCUCAUCCGUACGCCUAACAUCGCUCUUCCGAUGAAGCAGCGAAAACUGAGCUUGGAGGAACAAGACUCUUUAAAAGGGUUUUUGGAUCACAUCUUAAAGACUGCCGCAAGAGCUUCUUUCGGUGGUUUUCCAUACAAUCCGCCGCCAGUCUCUUCACCACAAAUGCUGUCGGAAGAAGAAACAGAAAAAUUUCUCGAGGAGCUUUACGAACGAGGCGGGUUCAACUUCACCGGUGGAAACUUCUUAUCCGUCUUGUUUGAUCCCAAGGACAGUCGCAUCGUAUAUGACUUCUGGGUCAAGAAGACGCGUGCAAGGAUACAGGAUCCAGUCAAGCGAGAUAUUCUUGCGCCUAUUGAGCCACCAAACGCUUUCAUGGCAAAACGCGCUGGUAUCGAGCAGGAUUACUAUGAAAUGUGCGACAAAGAACAUGUCCAAGUUAUAGACCUGAAAACAACGCCAAUCGAAUCGUUUACGGAAGAAGGCCUGCGAGUCGGAGGAAAAGAGAUACCGUUUGACAUCAUCGUGCUGGCAACGGGCUUCGAUAACUAUACCGGUGCAUUUUCUACCAUGGGUAUCGAAGGUACCGAUGGAAAGGAAUUGCUAGAGCGGUGGAAGGAUGGUGUUAAAACGCAUCUCGGCAUGACAGCUCCUCGCCAUCCGAAUAUGUGGAUGGUGUAUGGGCCGCAAGCGCCAACGGCCCUCGGUAACGGCCCAACAAUAGUGGAAGUCCAAGUCGACAUCGUUGUGGACAUGGUCAAGAAGAUGCGAGAAGAGAAGGUCAAAUACCUUGAUGCCACGCCGGAAGCGGCACAAGCUUGGGCGAACGAUCUUGCGGCAACGAGUAAGAUGACGUUGCUAGAAAGUACGAACAGUUGGUAUAUGGGCGCGAAUAUUCCAGGGAAGAAAAGAGAGAUGCUCAAUUACCUAAAGGGUUUGGUGGUGUAUGAAAAGUCAUGUCGGGACGCGAUGCCGGACUGGGAUGGAUUUGUUGUCGAGAGGGAGAAAGAUGCGUAA